UUCCUGUCCCAUUCCCAUCCCACCGACGAGAAAGAUUUUUCCCACUGUGGGGACCCCAAUUUUCCAGUCCCUCGCCCCCCUUGCCAGGCAGGGCCGUUCCCGGGGUGGCUCCUCCCCACGGGAUUUCCUUUGGGGGGGCGGUUGGUGGCGCGGGUGACACCCGGGGGGCCGCGGGGAGCGGGACGGGGACGCGCGGGGCCAUGGCGGGGCUGAAAACGGCGAGCGGGGAGGAGAUCGAUGGAUCCUUCGAGCUGCGGGUGGAGGUGGAGGAGAGCGAGGGACAGGGGGAUGUGGGGCAGGGACAGGGGGGUGUGGGGCAGGGACAGGGGGGUGUGGGGCAGGGACAGCCCCGUGUCCUCACCCUCUGCGUCACCGGGGACCUGCACGUCGGGGGCCUCAUGCGCCGCAUCGCGGAUGCGUUCGGGCAGCCCCGGGACUGGUCUGACCACGCUCUGUGGUGGGAGCAGCAGCGGCGGUGGCUGCACAACCCCUCCCCCACCCUGGACUCGCUGGGGGUUGGGGGGGGGUCCCGGCUCCUCUUCACCCCCCGGCACCGCCCCCUGAGGCUGCGCUUCCCGGCCGGGGGGGUCCUGAGGCUGCGCCUCAACUUCGCCGGGACCCCAGGACGGGCGGGUGGCGAGAGUGUGUGGGCUGCUCGCUGGUUGGACGUGGGGCGCUCGCUGAUGGAGCAGGGCGUGGCCGAGGAUCAGGAGCUGCUGCUGCGCUUCAAGUACCCCUGUGCCAUGGGGCUGGACCCCCAGGACGGGCUGCGCCUGGCGCUGCUGCACGAGGAGGCGCUCGGGGCUCUCCUGGCCGAGGAGAUCGAGUGCACCCAGGAGCAGGGGAUGCUCUUUGCCGUCCUCCAGUACCAGAUCGAGGGGGCAGAGUGGGGGGAUGGGGGGGCCCCCCAGGACCCCCCCCAGCCCCAGGACCUGGACACGGCCCUGGACAAACUGGAGCUGAGCCUGGGGGGCAGCGGGACCCCCGGGCCAGUGGAGGAGCUCGGAGCCCCCCCUGAGCUGGAGGAGGAGCUGGAGAUUUACAGGCCCUCCCUGUGGCCGUUCCGGGGGUCCCGCCCCACCCGGGCCCGGCUCUCGGGGUCGUCGCUGUCGCUCUGGACCCCCCCAGGUCCGGGGGGUCCCCAGCAGGAGCUGAACCUCAAUGAAUGUGAGGUGACCCCCGAGGUGGAUUUGGGGGCGCAGAAAUUCGGGAUCAAACUCCGGGUGCGGACGCCGGGGGGGAUGAGCGAGACCCUGCUGCGGUGCCGAGAUGCCCCCCAAUUUUCCCGCUGGUUCUGUGGGUGCCGAGUGGCCUCGGGGGUGGGGGGGUCCCCAUCCCCCACAGAGUUCACCCGGGGGGUCCUGGAGGUUUUGGGGGUGCAGCCGGACGGGGGGGACCCCCCCGGGACCCCCUCCCGACCCCCCCCAGACCCGCGGCUGCUGCUGCCCCCCCGCUUCCAGAGCAAGCUCAAAGGGAAACAGUUCACCCAGCGGUUCCUGGAGGUUUUGUACCAGGUGGGGCCCCUGAGCCCCCCCCAGGCCCGGCUGCGAUUCCUGCAGGCCUGGAAAGACCUGCCCGGCUUUGGGAUGGGAACCUUCCUGGUCAGGUUUCGGGGUGCAGGGCACGAUGAGGUUCUGGCCGUGGGGCCCUCCCAGCUCCUCAGGAUCGAUCCCAGAUCCGGCUCCGUCACCCGGAGCUGGAGCUACAGCGACCUGCGCCAGUGGGACGUGAACUGGGACAGCCAGCAGGUGAGGCUGUGGCUCAGCGGUGACGUCACUCUGGGGCUCCGCGUGCUCUCCGCCCCCCCCCGGGUCCUGCACCAGUUCCUGGGGGGGUACCUGGCACUGGGGGGGCCCCCCCGGGACCCCCAGGAGCUGCAGAGGCUCCUGGAGGGGGGGUACGACCCCUGAGACCCCCCCCCCCAAUCCCUGUCCCCACGCUGUCACACCCCCCCCCCCCAAAGGCUCAACACACUCCUGGUGAC